CGGCCGCCUCCGAGAUGCCCCGCUAUGAACUGGCUUUGAUCCUGAAAGCCAUGCAGAGGGGUUGGUACAGUAGGCCUCACUAAACUUAGCUGCAACUAAGAAUUUCUCCUACAUCAACUGAGUUAAGGCUGAUGCUCUUGUGGAAUGUGGAUUAAAAGUACGUGCUAAGUUCCAAAUUUCCAUUUGAGAAGCGGAGAAAGUAAAUGUACCACAACCACCAGCAUCAGGACAGCAAACCAAGGGACAAAGAAUUUGAUCCGCAGUGUUGCUAAAUGUUAACUGGUUCACGUGUGGCUUAAGAGACUGUUUGCUGGGGGGCGAGAACUGGACGUCAGCUGUGCGAAGUCACUUGGUUUACAAAAAUGAGGGCUUCUUUGGAGACGGCAGACAUUGCCAUUGUGGCGCUGUACUUCGUGCUGGUGAUGUGCAUAGGUUUUUUUGCCAUGUGGAAAUACAAUCGGAGCACCGUGAGUGGCUACUUCUUGGCAGGGCGUUCUAUGACCUGGGUAGCUAUCGGUGCAUCGUUAUUUGUGAGCAAUAUUGGAAGUGAACAUUUCAUUGGGCUCGCAGGAUCUGGAGCGGCGAGUGGAUUUGCAGUAGGUGCAUGGGAAUUCAACGCCUUAAUGCUUUUGCAGCUUUUAGGAUGGGUCUUCGUCCCUGUCUACAUCCGGUCAGGAGUAUACACCAUGCCUGAAUACUUGUCCAAGCGUUUUGGAGGGCAUAGAAUUCAAAUAUAUUUUGCAGCACUGUCUCUAAUUCUUUAUAUCUUCACCAAACUUUCAGUUGACUUGUAUUCAGGGGCGCUUUUUAUCCAAGAAUCGCUAGGUUGGAACCUCUAUUUGUCGGUUAUCCUCCUUAUCGGAAUGACUGCACUGUUGACUGUGACUGGAGGUCUUGUGGCUGUCAUCUACACAGACACGCUUCAAGCUCUGCUUAUGAUUAUUGGUGCCCUCACACUUAUGAUCAUAAGUAUCACGGAGGUUGGUGGGUUUGAAGAAGUGAAAAAAAGGUACAUGUUAGCAUCACCAAAUAUUACGUCUAUCUUGUUAACCUACAACAUUUCCAAUACCAAUUCCUGCAAUGUCGACCCAAAGCCCGAUGCACUUAAAAUGUUGCGCGAGCCAACGGAUGAAGAUAUUCCCUGGCCUGGAUUUCUGCUGGGACAGACUCCAGCUUCUGUCUGGUACUGGUGUGCCGACCAAGUCAUAGUGCAGAGAGUUUUAGCAGCCAAAAACAUUGCUCAUGCCAAAGGAUCCACUCUGAUGGCAGGCUUCUUAAAGUUACUGCCAAUGUUUAUUAUAGUCGUCCCAGGGAUGAUUUCCCGGAUCCUGUUUGCGGACGAUAUCGCCUGCAUUAAUCCAGAGCACUGCUUCCAAGUGUGCGGCAGCAGAGCUGGCUGCUCUAACAUUGCCUACCCGCGUUUGGUGAUGAAGCUCGUGCCCGUCGGUCUGCGGGGCCUCAUGAUGGCCGUGAUGAUUGCCGCGCUCAUGAGCGACCUGGACUCCAUAUUCAACAGCGCCAGCACCAUCUUCACCCUUGACGUCUACAAGCUCAUCCGGAAGAGCGCGACGUCCAGAGAACUGAUGAUCGUAGGACGAGUCUUUGUGGCUUUCAUGGUAGUGAUAAGCAUUGCCUGGGUGCCCAUAAUAGUGGAGAUGCAAGGAGGUCAGAUGUACCUUUACAUUCAAGAGGUGGCCGACUAUUUGACUCCGCCGGUGGCCGCGCUCUUUCUUAUGGGGAUCUUUUGGAAGCGUUGCAAUGAGCAGGGCGCCUUCUACGGCGGCAUGGCCGGCUUCGCGCUCGGAGCGAUACGGUUGGUGCUGGCCUUUAUCUAUCGCGCCCCAGAGUGCAACCAGCCGGAUACUAGGCCCGGCUUUAUCAAGAACAUCCAUUACAUGUACGUCGCCACCGCUCUCUUCUGGAUCACUGGGAUCGUGACCGUUAUCGUGAGCCUCCUCACGCCGCCGCCCACCAAGGAGCAGGUCCGAACGACCACGUUUUGGGCCGUGAAGAACAGAAGCGUAAAGGAGACGGCCGCAAAGGGGGAGCUGUACAAAGCGCAAGAAAAGAGCAUCUUAAAGUGCAAUGAAAACGCUAACCAUAUCAUGCCAAAUGGCAAAUCGGAAGAAAACCUUAAAAAUAUUAAGCCUGAGGAUAUCAAUCUUCUGGUAACUUGCAGGGAUGACAGCAACCCGGUGAUUUCUGUAAGUCACUCGGAGGUCGAGACGCCGGUUGAUUGUUACUCGAACGGACAAGCGGCUCUGAUGGGCGAGAAGAAGCGCGAGGAAGAAAGCGAUGAGCGGGAGAGACAUCUGAAAUUCAUAGAUUGGUUCUGUGGCUUUAAAAGUAAAAACAUGAACAAGCGAGCCGUUCGGGAGAUCGAGGAAGAGACUGUCUGUUUACAAAUGCUGGAAGAGACUCCCAAAGUUAAACUAUUACUAAAUACUGGACUGGUCUGUGUCUGUUCGCUCGGAAUAUUCAUGUUUGUCUACUUCUCGUUGUGAGUGAAUAGUGAACUUUUAAGGGUAUGGCUAAACAUACAGAAGUUGAUACAGGUCUCUGGAGUUUCCUUUUUUUAUGUGUCUGUUUUUUUUUUUUCUCCUUCUUUUCCAAACAACAUGUGCGCAACCCAGGCACUGUUUACGCUGUAACUGUCACAUCACCUUAGCCGAUGGAGAGACCCAUGUGAGACGUGUCGUGCUAGCCCUGCUGCCCAAGGCAGAACACGCUGCGUGGGGUUUCCUGCUCCUGUUCUCCCUUCAGGUUGCUCCCUUUCCCGCCCCUCCUGCCCCCCAUUUGCAGUGCUAACCUUUCCUGUUUCCAUGUACACCUAUAUAAAUAUACCAAAGGCGGGCGGGUGGCUGCGGAGGUCAGUCAGUUCAUCGAGCUCAGUCAGCACGAAGGUGAAGAUAACAAGGGGUCGCUUACGCAAGUGUCAAAUCUAAACGACUAAAGCCGUGUUGGAAGACUUCAAAUGUAAGACUGUAAUGCUCACCGUUGUACAGGUGGUCUGUGUUACAUGGCUGUUUUACCUUGGCCGACAUAAUACGUACCAAUUUUGCUCACUGCUUCUAGGGGUUUUUUUUGUUUGUUUUCUCAGUUCUUACGGGAACAACAGGAUGGUAUUUUGUCUCAUCGUAUACUGUUCAGAACAUGAUACCUGUUAGUAGCUUUUUUUUUGUCUUUUUUCUCUGUAAGGGAAUGUUUGUCUAACUUUUGUUUGUUCGCACUGUAAAUGCCGUUAUAGAAAAAAUGUUGUAUUUCAGAAAGAAAAAAAAACAGGGAAGAAAAAAAAACCCUGGAGAGGACAAACGGGCAGUUGAGGAGAAGGGAAAAGGAUUGCUCUCUUUAUUUGUGUUUUGUAACAAAUGCAAAGGCAAGAAUGCAUAUUCAAUGCCUUCUUCAGUCCCCCAAUCUUUAACCUUUUUUUUGUCAUUUACAUACUUAGGGUUAGUUUCUUAUCAGGGCAAAACUUCCCCACAGGUUCUACCGCAUGGGAAAAGAGAUGGAUGAUGCCAGCCUUUGCAUAUGUUUGCUUGGUAAACAUGCUGAAAUGUGUCUGKUUUUUUUUUCCUCUUUCUGCGUGCAGCUAAAAGGAAGUACUGUGCAACCUUAUUGCUGCUUUGUGAGGGUAGGGAAAGUGGGUAGACAAAAAGUCUGACAAGGGAGACCACAUCAGGAGAGAGAAAAUAAACACAGCAGUAACCUGUGUUGCUGCCCAUUGAGGUAAACUCUUUUGAUUCAUUGGAAAAAAAAAAUUAAAAAAAGCUUUCUCAGGCAAGCACAGAAGAUUAGGGACCCUGAGGCACUAAGCUUUGCUUCUCCCACUAGAGAAACCCCAGACCAAUUCUAAGUCUCCAGGACUUCUGCGUGCAGGCAGCAGAUGGAAGCUGACAGACUAUGAAAGGUUGCAGCAUUAGGUCCUAAAGCUUCACAUUUCUUUUUCAAUUCCCCCUUUAUGAAAUAAAGGAAUGUGCCACCAUCCCAGAUACUCUCACCCUUAGCAGGAUGAGCGGCACUGUGAGCUCAAGAGCGCUGACUUAGUCACACUUCUGUGUGGCUACAUGAGUUUCCAUAAACUAAAUGUAGUCGGAAAUGGUUUUCUGGCCUUGAGGCCAGCUGACGCAGUCUGGCCAUGCUAUAAAACUCCUUUAGGCUCCAAAGCAGGAUGUCAUAUCUGGGCUGCCUUUAAGAAGGAUCCCUGCCAUUGUGCUAGUGCCCAAGCUUGUCUUGGGAAUUGUUUGGGACAGUGCUAACUGGA